AUGCCCAACAAGCAGGUGGGAAGCAUACCAGGCCUAUUCGCAAUGCCACAGUGCCACGGUAUAACGGUCGAAGAGGCUACCAUUGACCAACUGCAACAGUACCUCAGCCAAGGUAAUUUGACAAGCCAGCAAUUGGUAGUCUGCUAUCUCCAGCGCGUAUGGCAGACUGAUGACUACAUCAACUCAGUCUUGGAGAUCAACCCGGAUUUCCUGACCAUUGCAGCACAGCUGGAUGCAGAACGGCAAGCUGGCCGAGUUCGUGGCCCGUUGCAUGGCAUUCCGUUCAUGGUCAAAGACAACAUCGCUAGCAAAGACCGCAUGCAGACGACAGCGGGAAGCUGGGCUUUAGAAGGCUCCAUAGUCCCUCGAGACGCUACUGUAAUCGCGAAGCUCCGCAGUGCUGGUGCUUUACUGUUCGGCAAGGCAACGUUGAGCGAGUGGGCUGAUAUGAGAAGUAAUAACUACUCGGAGGGGUACUCGGCCCGCGGCGGACAGUGUCGCUCGCCGUACAAUCUGACACUCAACCCGGGUGGUUCUAGCUCCGGGUCUGCGGUCGGUGUCGCAGCGAAUGUCUUCACGUUUUCGCUAGGAACAGAAACCGAUGGUAGCGUGAUCAACCCCGCGGAACGCAAUGCCAUUGUUGGUAUCAAACCUACCGUAGGCUUGACCUCCAGGGCCGGCGUUGUACCAGAGUCGGCGCACCAGGACUCGGUGGGAUGCUUUGGGAGAACAGUCCGCGACGCCACUUACUGCCUGGACGCAAUCUACGGACCUGACCCGCUCGACAACUACACACAAGCUCAGACAGGCCAUACUCCCGCUGGAGGCUACGUGCAGAUGUUGGAAGGUCGCAAUGCAUUGGCAGGCGCCACGUUCGGAAUCCCGUGGAACAGCUUCUGGAUAUACGCGGAUGAUGAACAGCAAGCUAUCUUGCUAUCAAUCAUCGAUCUGGUGCGGUCUGCCGGGGCCACGGUUAUAAACGGCACGGAGCUGCCAAAUGCUGACGUGAUCGUUUCGCCAGCCGGAUGGAAUUGGGAUUACGGUACUACUCGUGGCUAUCCCAAUGAAAGCGAGUACACGGUCGUCAAGGUUGACUUCUACAACAACAUCAGAGCCUAUCUUUCAGAGCUCGAGAACACCAAUGUUCGUAGUCUGGAGGACAUUGUAGCCUACAAUUACGCCAACGAUGGCAGUGAAGGCGGCAAUCCAUGGCCACUAGGCAUACCUGCAUUCUACUCGGGCCAAGACGGCUUUCUUGCGAGCCUCGAGACCCAAGGCGUGAUGGAUGAGACAUAUUAUCAGGCGCUGCAGUUCUGCCAGACUACGACCCGCGAGCAAGGUGUCGAUGCCGCCCUAGCAAUGGGACUGAACGGCACGCAACUCGAUGCUUUGCUUGUGCCGCCAGACGUCGGGCAGACGUACCAGAUUGCGGCGCAGGCCGGAUACCCUGUCAUCACAAUCCCGGCUGGUGUGCAUAAUUCGACGGGCAUGCCAUUUGGUCUGGCGCUGAUGCAGACGGCUUGGCGGGAAGAUGCACUGGUUAAGUGGGCAUCUGCGAUAGAAGAUCUACAGUUUGCGAGUGGAACGCCGUACAAACGAUCGCUGCCCAACUGGUACGGCUACCUUGAACGCAACAUUCCGGUCAUCAACGCAUAA